AUGGCCAUCUACUCUGUGUCGAGAGCAUUUGAAAUUGUUCAUCAGCUGCGGACAUCCCGAACCUUCUUCGACCCAGCCUGUCUUCCCGCUCAAACCCACUGCAAACCGAAUAGCAAGCUCGGCUUUGAAAGCCAUCUGCUGCGGCAGGCGUUCUUCCCUGGCGCCAUGGAGAGAGUGGCCAGAACUAUUGUCUCGGGAACUGCUUCGAUGCUCAUCCCACCCAGUUCCGUGGUGGUUCUUCGGGUGUUCUAUUCCAGUUUUCUAGCUUGCAGGAAGCUUCAUUACUUUAUGCAAGCUGUCAUGGACACGGUGAGGUUGAAUGGAUCCCGCUUGCACGCACGUCUGGACGUGCUUCAGCUGACAGCCAAACACCUAGCAUGUUCUUUAUUCAUUGGGGACCCCAACCUUGACAUGUCCUUAGAAGCAGGAGAGAAGGGCCCCCCGACGAUCGCAAACGAGGCUUCCCUUUGCUUUUUUUUGAGUCUUCGCCGAGAGGCACGACUCAGCCCGGGAGAUCUGACAAAUGAUGUGCCAAUGGCAUUGCUUAGAAGAGAUAAUGCGGUGAGGGCGCAGAGGCGCGGACAGGGAGGAAAACGAGGGGAACAUAGGCAAAUGCACUCGCUGGCUGCAUCAAGGCGGUCCGUCAGUUUGUGGAAUCAAGAUAAUGCUCUCGAUGCUGGUGAUGCAAAAAGAUGA